AUGCUCAUGAGACAACUUGCUACUUCAGCCAGCCAGAAGAACCUGUCCCUUGCUCCUAAGGCCACCACCCACAAAGAGAUCCCAAAGCUGAAAUCUAGGAGGAAGGAAAAGAAGAGGAAGGACAUAUGGACCAUCAAUCAUUCCGAGGGUACAAAGCUGUGCAUCAUCAAGCAGAGGGGCUCCAGUUACUGUCCUGAAGACCUGGAAGUCUUCUACCAACUUCUCGAGGAUCCCAUCAUCCAGAGCUCUUUAGAAAUCGAAAUUUUCCUCAAAGAGUCUGACAAAAACCUGUUCUCCAUGGUGGUGGAGUAUUUUAGCCGUGUUGGGAUGUCUGGACACCUGUACAACAGGAUCCAUUUCUUUCUAACCCUCUACAUUGCCUCUUAAAUGGAGGAGGAUGAACCCACCUCCCAGUGGAUCAUACUCCAGUCCCUGCUGGGCAGGGAGCACGUGGAUAAGCUCUCCAAGAAAUUUCUCAAGCUGAGGAAGGAGUUCUUCCAGGCCAUGGAAUACUGGGCCUGGGUCACCCCAGAGCUCUGUGAGGUGAUCCAGGCCCAGAACCCACAGCACUGGGUCUGGAGUCGGGUGCGCCAGUGCAACCCCUAG